GUCGACGGUGCGACCCGCACGUACGACGACGUCUUGAACCAUGGUGUAGACGUGGACGAGAAGACAAAAGCUAUAAGAGGGCAGCCUUGAGGUCAUCCUCCUACCCUCUGCUCCAUCAGCAUCAGCAUCAAUACUCUUCAGCGCAACACGCCAGCACAACACACCAAGCAUCCUCCCACACUCGACCAGCAUGAAGUUCUCCGCCGCCAUCCUCACCGGCCUCCUCGCCACGGCCACCACCUUCAUCUCGGCCGCACCCGCCUCUGCUAUCGAGGAGCGUGCUACGUGCGUCGAGGCCAAUCGCUUUGGCAAGUUCACCCUCGCCCAGACCCAGGUCAAGGAAGGCCGCCAAUUCCACGUCACCUACGACCAGCCCUGCGGCGACUAUGCCAACGUGAAGCCGAAUCGCUUCAACUUUGUCAUCGGCGCCAAGAAUGGCUAUCGCAAGAUCAAGCUCAUCUCCUCUGUACCCAAGGACUACCGUCAUGCCGAAUUCGCUAUGACCGCUCCUGACUUUUACGUCGACAAGAGCUUCGAUGGUGCUACGACGCUCGUGGCAGAGAUUGAGUUUGAUCAGCCGGGACCAAAGGGGAGUGAGGCUACGCACCUCUAUCAUGAGGAUCUGCCGCUUAAUGUUACGCAGGCUUAG